GCGGGAGACGAAGAGCACGUGGUACACAGUGGAAGUGAGGACUCCUGGCGGGAAGCGGGAAGCUGGCAGCCCCGUGAUCGGUGAUCGGGAAGUAUUGGAGGCUGGUCAAGAUGGCCGAGAGACCAGAGGAUCUCAAUUUACCCAAUGCCGUUGUCACCAGGAUUAUCAAAGAGGCGUUACCAGAGGGAGUAAAUGUAUCUAAAGAAGCGCGCAGUGCGAUCUCACGGGCAGCCAGUGUCUUUGUCCUUUAUGCAACAUCCUGCGCCAACAAUUUUGCAAUGAAGCAGAAGAGGAAAACGUUGAAUGUGACUGAUGUGAUGUCAGCCGUGGAAGAGAUGGAGUUCCAGCGUUUUCUGGGUCCCCUGAAAGAGGCUCUAGAGGCUUACAGGCAGGAACAGAAGGGGAAGAAAGAAGCCUCAGAGUUGAAGAAGAAGGACAAAGAUAAGAAAGCAGACGGAGAGGAAGACAAAAGCAAAGCGGAUGACAAUGAAGAUGAGGAGGAAAAGAUGGAAGAGGAAAAGAUGGAAGAGGAAGAAGUGAUAGAAGAUGAGGAAGUGGAGAACUGAGCAAUCCUCUGUAAUAUGACAUUGGUGUCAGUGUUGUGACACUUCAUGUGCAUAGAGAAUUUGCACUUCAUGCCUAUCUAAUGGUUCCCCAGCCUAAAAAAUGUCUCCAAGACUGUUCAAUGACCUGGCUGUAAGGGUCGAUCCAUAUUUGGCAAUGUGAUCUGACAGUAGUAAGAUGAUUUGUUGCACAAAGAA